AUUUUGUGUUCUGCGUUUUCUGAUUUGUUUGCUUGUUUUUCCUUUCCUACUAUCUUCGUUCUGUGAUCUGUUUGAUGUUUGAUGUUGGAGAGUUGGAGUUGGCGGCUGGGAUCGAUCUUUUUGUGAUACAACGGAAGUAGAAUUCCAGUGAUAAAAUAGUGUUAGUGCUGUAGUAUAAGUUUCACAUAUAAAACUAUUAACAUCAAAUGGGAGCGCCUGUUGAAGGAAGAGGAGGCAAAAGAGGUGCAGGCAAUCAAAGAGGAAACACAAAAGGCCGGGGUCGCGGGCGUGCUUUUAAUGGUCAGGCGCCAUUGCCGAAUUUCGGUAUGAUGCGUGGUCGAGGCGGUUUUCGUGGCGGAAUGAGGCAACCGAUGCCCCCAAUGAGAGGCGGUAGGCCCCCGAUGCGUGGUAGGCCCAUGCCGCCUAUGCCCCCACCAGCCAUGAUGAUGGGUCCGGGCCCCCGGGGUCCCCCGAUGCGGCCCCCGCCCCCAGGCAUGCGCCCUCCACCGCCCGGCAUGCGUCCGCCGCUACCUAUGAUGAUGGGAGGCCCUCCUUUACCACCUCCUAUGCGCGGUCCGUUUAGGGGUGGCAUGCGGGGCAAGGGACGCUUCCCGCCCCCAAACUUCAGGGGCGUUAACAAAAAAAGCAAAGUCAUCAAGAAGAGACUUCCCGCAAAAACAGUAGAUUUGACCAAAUCAUUUGUAACGGAAGCUAUUAAGGCAGAAUUCGUGAAGAAGGAUGAACUACUCACCUCCGCAAAAGCCUCUCAAGAUAAAGAUGACUGGGCGAAGUACCGAGAUCAAAGAGACAAGUGUAACAAAUUGUACCAGGCAGCAGAGACAGAAGCUGCUGGGCAACCGGAGAGAGAUGGAUGGGUCGAUUACGAAGACUUCAAUGAUGAAGAAGUGGAGGUUGAAGAAACUGAAGAAUGGGAAUACUUUGACUGUGAGGAUGAGAAUCAAAUGACUCUAUACUGUGAUACUUGCGACAGGGAGUUUUAUGAUGAGAAUGCUUACAACAAGCAUAUGUCCGAGCACAGGAUGUGCAAUCUGGAUGGAUGCACUUUUACUGCUCAUGAGAAGGUAAUCGAAAAACAUGUUCGAAUGCAGCAUGCCACUGGCCUUUAUGAUAAAAUUAGGAAUGUAAAUACUCCAGAAGAUAUCGCCAAGUGGAUACAGGAAAGGAAGAUGAAGUAUCCUAGCAAAGAAAAUGUUGUAAAAAGACAACAAGAAAUUGAAGAACGGUCAAAAAGGGGAGAGAGGAUCACUCCUAAUAAUAACAGAUUUGGCAAAGACAAAUAUAGGUUAAAAAACAAGCCGAAUAUUGUUAUAAAAACAUCUAGGUUUUGAGUCCUGAAUAAUGGUCACUAGGCGGCACUGUCAUCACACGCACACUAAGCGAAUAACAUAUAGCUAGCAGUCUCCAUAGUGGCAAAAUGUUUCCCUAGGGCAAUUAUUCAGUCUGUGCGCUAUUUUAGCUGAGCAAAGACACAAAUUUAAUACACAGUACUUGCCAAUCGCAAAGCGAGAUUUCCUAGUUGUCGAAUACGUUUGUGGAUUUCGACUUAUUACACAGGAUUGAGUAUACCCAAAACCUAGCUGCCGAAUUUGGCUACGAGUACAAAAGAAAAAUUGUGGGAGGAACGUCCCAAGAACUAAACAAGUGCAUAAAAAAAGGAAGAUCCAACCUGACAAAAAAGUUUCCCUCAUCAAUGAAAAAUGUAAUUGGAAUGGAAACAUGUUCCCAUUUAGAGGCACUUCUGCGCUAGAAGAAGAACCAGAGUGUGAAAAAUCCGAGUAUGAAGACGACGAAUGGAACCAAAUACCUUCUGGUGGUACCGUGUUGAAGCUUAACAAUGCCCUGAGCGGUUUAAUGGGAGCAUAUGCGAGUGAUUCAGGGUCAGAUGAGGAGGCGCCUAAAAUGGGAAUAGCAAAUAAUAAAGUUGUACGGGUGACGGUAGUAGAAACUAAGAUUGAUACAGUAAAAAUAGAAUCUAAGAUUGAUAUGGAAACAACAACAUAUCAAGCAAAUCAGUCAGAUGACGAGCCUCCUGACGAGGUGAAGGUUCAAAGAGCAGAUUUACGUGAUGCUAUUCCAUGCCAGUCGACUAGCACCAAAGCGAACGUCACAGUAACAAAAAAUGUGCGGAAAAGGAAAAGGGCGCAUGCAAAACACAAAAAUACAAAACAAGUUAACCGAAAGUCUUUAGUUCCUGAUACAGCAAAACGAUCCGAAUUUCCCUACGCGUUUACAAAAAGGAAAGUAACAUUGUUAGAGAAACUGCUGCAGAGUGAAAUACGACACGAGAGAAAUGUCCUGCUGCAGUGCGUUAGAUAUGUAGUUUCGAGGAAUUUUUUUAAAACUGACUAAUGCUGUGAAAUUUGUUAUAAAUAAAGUUUUGA